UGGCCGCAUGACAACACUGGGCCAAUCGCCCGGUUAGCCUUUCUUUCUUUAAAUGAUUGUUCAGUUUCCCACUGAUUUGGUGAUAAGAUCCAAAGCGGCCAGUCAGAUGGCACUGGAAACCACUAGUGCCGAUGAAUCUUUUGAGAGGUUGGACAAGGAAGAAUACAACAACAUCUUGGAGCUGAAACAGUUCGACGGUCUGCCGUACUCAUCUAUAUUUUACAAUCUGCUAAAGGAAAGCAAAGCGCUUCUCAUCUGGAAUAUCAAGAGCGACUUUAUGAAUGCAUUGGCAAAAGAGCAAGUCCUCAUUGUCGCAGCUUCAGUUGCAACUGGAAGGAGUUCUCAAGUGGCACGUGAAGUGGAUGGUUCGGGAGACUUCUUGAUUCUGAUCAACAAGCAGAUCGAUCCAUCCGCAUUCCACUUACCAUAACAGAGCCCGUGGAGUGGCAGCUAUUUCCACUAGCACGCCUUCUCACAGGACAACUGUCUUCACGUCGUCACCCACAUUGCACCCGAAGAGUGAGUGGGCUUUUACACCCUUCAAUGGCAGCCAGUGAGGUAAUAAUGUCUACAGUAUAUUUCUAGAUUCAUUCAGAUGGUGGCACAGUAUUUCUUCUACAAUUUCCCACAAAGUGAGAGCAAAGUUCUUCUACAGGACAUUCUGGAAAGUUCAGCCUCUCGCUGAGACGAGAAGAAAGCAAACUGCUGCCAACAACCGCAACAGGGGACCACCACACAUCGGUGCCUUGUUCAGUAACUGAAGAGAGAUUUACAGGGUGACCCAAAAAAAAG